CCAGAUGACUGUGACCACCAUGGAGGCACCAGUCAAGGCAGCACACCAUCACGUCGUCGGGGGCGGCGGCGGAGCGCAACAGCAGGAGGCCCUGGGCGAGGAGGAUCCCAUUGGCGACGAGAUGACCGUUCUGCUGACCAACAAGAACUUUCACUUCGACACGGCCUCGGAGCUGGAUGAGCCGUUCGUGGAACUGAAGGAGGGUCACGAGGUGGACAUUCAGCCAGCAGGCGGCGUGGAAUUUUAUACAGAGGACGAACUGCUGGAGGAGCAGCCACAUCCGCAAGUCACUUGGCUAAACGACGACGAGAUCGAGACCCUGGAUCGCGUCACCCUGGACAUGGGCAAUAUGUUCUUCAAUCGCGUUGACAGCCAGGACAUAAUCUAUCAGCAGAAGAAGAAGAACAUUAAGAUGGUGGGAAAGUACAUCAUGGGCGACGUGCUGGGCGAGGGCUCCUACGGCAAAGUGAAGGAGGCCAUAAACUCAGAGGACCUCUGCCGACUGGCAGUCAAGAUCCUGACGAAGCGCAAACUGCGGCGGAUCCCGAACGGCGAACAGAACGUCACCCGCGAGAUCCAUCUCCUCAAGCAGCUAAAGCACCCGAACGUGGUGGAACUGAUGGACGUGCUGUACAACGAUGAGAAGCAGAAGAUGUACCUGGUGAUGGAGUACUGUGUCGGCGGGCUGCAGGAGAUGGUCGACUACCAGCCGGACAAGCGAAUGCCGCUGUUCCAGGCGCACGGCUACUUUCACCAGCUUGUGGACGGCUUGGAAUACCUGCACAGCUGCCGGGUGAUACACAAGGACAUCAAGCCGGGCAACCUGCUGCUCUCCCUCGACCAGACCCUAAAGAUCUCCGACUUUGGGGUGGCAGAGCAACUGGAUCUCUUUGCGCCAGACGACACUUGCACCACGGGCCAGGGAUCGCCCGCUUUCCAGCCGCCAGAGAUUGCCAACGGACACGAGACCUUUGCCGGCUUCAAGGUGGACAUCUGGAGCAGCGGAGUGACACUCUACAACCUGGCUACUGGACAAUAUCCCUUUGAGGGUGACAACAUUUACCGGCUGCUGGAGAACAUAGGCCGAGGACAGUGGGAGGCACCCGAUUGGCUUUACGAGCUGGAUCCCGACUUUGCCAGACUCAUUCUGGGCAUGCUGCAGGCUGACCCCAGCCAACGGCUCUCGCUCCAGGAGAUUCGGCAUGACACAUGGUUUAUGUCUGCACCGCUGGUGACCGGCCCACCGAUACCCAUUCCCCCGCUGAAGGGCGACAAGUACCGCAGUUCAACUGUGGUGCCUUACCUGGAGGCAUACCACUACGGCGAUCAGGACCAGGAGGAUGUCUACUUUACAGAGCACGACGUUAACCAGGAGCUAGCCCGGCAAGCGCAAGCCGCUGCCUCGGAGAUUCGGUCCAAGCAGUCGGCGGCGGCCCAAGCCGCUUGCCACACCUAUGAGCCACCUUCUACUAGUGCCGCCGCCGCCGCUGCUGGUGCUUCCUUCUCCGGACAUUCACUGGGCAAUGGAAGCAUGGAGGAGGCACCGGUUAAGAAGAAAGGAUCAGCGCUAAAGCGCCGGGCCAAGAAGCUAACCUCCUGCAUCUCCGUGCGCAAGCUGAGCCACUGCCGGACAUCGUAGGCGCCGCCGCCACCAAACUAGAAGCUAAGAGUAAUCGAAAGUAAUAACUUUGUUAACAAA